CUUAAACGACUCAACUUUAAAUUCCAUUAAAUCUAUCAAGGAGUCCAUAUCAUUUAUGAAUUAAAGCAAGGGAACUCUAAAAGUCGAGAUCUUCAAAUUUUACGUUCUAUAUCGUGGAGUAGCUUCUCCAUGGGCAGUCGAGACGAUGGCAACAUCGACGACAAUGGAUGUUGAUUCUGAUAAAAGCCCGACACCAACUGGGCGCAUUGUGAUUCAAAAAGUUGCAGGCAGAUCUGCAGUGACAAGCAUAUAUGCGAGAUACCCACUAAAAUUCAUUCGACCCACAAAGGCUGUGUCUUCUGACAUUGAUGCUGUAUGGAUAUACACCGUGUCGUAUGGUGGAGGCAUUGUCUCGGGAGAUUCGGUAACAUGCACAAUGACUAUUGGGGAGGGCUGUACCGCUGUUCUAACAACUCAGGCUUCCACAAAGGUCUACAAAUCGGUUGGAUCAAAGGACUCUGGGCAGUUGCUUGAAGCUCAAGUAGGGCGAAGUGCACUUUUAGCUGUUCUUCCCGACCCUGUCACAUGCUUUUCCAGUGCUAGAUACUCCCAAAAACAAGUAUUUUAUGUGGCUUCAGAUUCAAAUUUGGUUUUGGUUGAUUGGCUCACCAGUGGGCGUCGUAUGCGAGGUGAAAUAUGGGAUUUUGAACUGUACAAGAGUACGAAUAAUAUAUAUUUGGAGGGAAAUCAGCCAUUGUUUCUUGAUUCGACUCUAUUGGAGCAAGGUGCCGGUCUUUCUGUUGCAGAUCGCAUGCAAGCAUUUCAUGUCGUGGCAAUGCUGGUGAUUUUAGGACCAAAGAUGGCAUUCAUACAGAACCAGGUACAAGCAAAAAUCAGGGAGAGAAAUACAGAAUUGUUUGGCAGAAGAUCACACAGUUCAAACCCCAAUUAUAAGAAGGGGAAGUUAGACAUUGAAAACAAGGAAUCAAAUGAAGUCUUACUUGCUUCAUGUAGUGUGUUUGGCCCUUUGGAUACAGGUUUAGUGGUCCGAAUAUCUGCUACUAGCACUGAAUUGGUUUAUAAAUUCUUAAGAGAACAUCUUGCAUCUAUUGAGCCCUUUAUUGGAACAUCUCCAUACUCCAGAGGAUAAACAACUUUCUAAUUUAUUCUUCUCCGUUGUGUAUUUUGCCAUUGCAGGCAUCCAAUGAAGCAUACUGUUUCUUGUUUAACUCA